GUAUAUGUAAGCCAUUAGGGUUAUAUAUAAGCAUUAAAUAUACAUUAUAAAAUAAAAUUAAGUUAGGAAUUCACGACAAAAUCACGCGCAAAUUGGUGUAAUUAAAAGCUUCUUAUACAUAGCCUUAAGGGUUAUGCUUAUAAUAUCAUUUUUCUUUUUUUAAAAGUGAAAUUACUUAAUGUAAAAAUUAAAAUUUCUAAUUCUCUCUCUCUCUUUUUAAAGAGAAUUCUGUUUUCUUAACUUCAGUUCAGUUCAGCUCCAAUCAAUUCAGUUACGUUCAACUCCUAAUUUCCUUCUCUCAUACAAUAGCUCCCAAAACUUGAUUGGAGUAUGAACUAGACCCGACAUAAUUAGACUCAACCCAAAUCCUAUCCAACGACCCGAAUGGGCACCUCCAGACUCGAGCUGAUCAUUUUGGCCCGACCUAACCAAUUUGCGUUUCUACCCCCUCUUUCCUCCAUUGAAGCGUACUCUGAAUUCUUCAUUUCUCUCCUCCAUUGAAGCUGCUUCUGAGGAGAUGGCAGAAUUUUUCUUCAGGAAUACGAUAGGUGAAAUUAGGCCAACAAUGUUUUUGAGUAAAAUAUGUUUGUGGGUUCUAUCACUUGCUUCAGAUUUAGUUUCGGGUUAACAUGUCCUUUUAGCCCAGAUUGCAUUGCAUUGGUUUUGAUCCUGUACUCGUAAAUGCCUCACAAAACCCUCGGUACAAAAAAAUGUUUUCCAAUUCUCUCUUUUCCAAAAUUAUCAAACAAUCAAAUUCCUCGUUCUUUCAUCAUCUACUCCCACAGUUCACACUUCACAGGACAUUCAUUGAUGCCAGAAUCAAAUGGGUUCGAGAUCCAUUCCUCGAUUUUGCAGUUGAGCGAGAGAAAAACCUCCGCCAUUGUUGCUCCCUCAAAAAUCUUCUCCUUUCUUCCCCUUCUUACUCUCUCCCUAUCUCCCUUGCCUCCCUCCAUAAGUCUCGCUUAAAUCUCCCUUCACACACCACUGCACUCUACUUCUUCCAUCGAUACCCUUCUCUUUUCACUCUUUCUCCUCCCAAUGUCAAGCUCACCCCUCAAUUUCUUACCCUUCACAAGGAAGAGCAGGAGAUUCAUGAUUCAAUGUUGCAAAAAGAAUCCGCUGUUCAGAGGUUAGUGAGAUUUUUAAUGAUUGCUCGAAGUUGUAGAAUUCCUGUUAGUGUUAUUGAUGAUUUGAAAUUUGAUCUGGGUUUGCCUGAUAAUUAUGUUCUCGAUUUUGUUUCGUAUUUUCCCGAGUAUUUUAGGUUGUGUAAGUUAAAAUGUAGGGAAAUUGGUGACGUGGGUAGUGAUAAUUGUGAGAAUUUGGGGGGUUUUGAAGUUGGAUUGGAGUUGAUUAAAUGGAGGAAGGAAUUGGGGGUGCCGAUGAUUUUGAGGAAGGAGUUUGAGGAUGAUUUGGGGUCUAAAAAGGGGAGGGUUGUAAAAUUUCCAUUAAAUUUUCCACCAGGAUUUGAUUUGCAGAAGAAGGUGAAGGAUUGGGUUGAUGAGUGGCAAUGUUUGCCUUACAUUUCACCUUAUGAGGAUGCAUUUCAUUUAGCGCCUCGAAGCGAUCAAGCUGAGAAAUGGACUGUGGCUGUGCUCCAUGAGAUUCUGAGUCUAUUGGUUUCGAAAAAGACUGAAAUGAGAAAUAUCUUAAGAUUAGGGGACUAUUUAGGUUUUGGGCUGAGGUUUAAAAAGGCAAUUGUUCAUCAUCCGGGGAUAUUUUAUGUUUCAAAUAAGAUUAAGACCCAGACAGUGGUUCUUAGAGAAGCUUUCAGGAAAGAUCGGCUGCUAGAAAACCAUCCUUUGGUGGGUAUGCGGCACCGGUAUAUUUACCUUAUGAACAAAUCCAGGAAAGGAAGAAAACCUGUUAAAAACUUAAGUUCUGGAUAAGGCUUGCAGAUGAGUAGGUCUGAUUUUGACAGAGGCACGAAAUGUGUUUCAGAAGAAUGAGAACAACAUCAACACACGUGACAAAUGUGUUUCAGAAGAAUGAGAACAACAUCAACACAUGUGACAAAUGUGGUUUGAAUGUUGGAUUUUGGUUAUUGGUUAUUGAUGACAAUUUUAUCAACACAGGGGUGGGAGUGAGGUGGAGUGCAUAGAGGUGAACAUAUGCGAUGACUGUGGUUUGAAUCUUAGAUAUUGGUUAUUAUGCCAAUGUUAUCGCUGCAGGAGUGGGGGUGGGGUGGUGGAGUGUAUAGUGGUGACUGACGUAGAUAACAUGGAUGUUACAAGAGGCCUAUUUACUUGUGGAGUGUAAGGUGGUAGUCAGUUAUGCUAUGGCCCUGGCCUGAAUUGUUUACGUCUGAAAUGGCCAGUUUUUUCUCGAUAAUAGGGCAUGUUACAUACCAAGUUUUUGGUUUUGUGCAACCCUCAUGCGCUUUAAAAGAAGACCUUGAGUAACAGAGCAAGCAUCUAAAAUUUGUGAUGCAGUUGGGACUUGGGAGAGAUACCGCCUAACCGAGGUCAGUGCAAUUACACAGAGGUUAAACCAACUAGCGGAGGCAGAAGCCAGAAAUUCAAGUCAGAAAAUACUUAGCUGGUCCUUGUAAUUGCCAUAGAGUUUGUAAUAUACUCCAUAACCUAAUUUAUCCAUCAUUCUUAGAUAUUUACUCUUUAAGUUUAUGUAUAUAAAUAAUGAAUUUUGGUCAUACACAUAAUUCUGGCUGACCUAACAAAAAUCUGUGCUGGGGAUUUACAAUUUUCUGGUCAUAGAUGCAUGUCCAUAAAAGUUACAUUCAAUACACAAUUACUA